CCUUACCUGUUACACUCUUCCACUUCUCUGUCUCGUCGUGUUGAUUUCUUUCUUUCUUUACCAUUUUUUAAACACUUUUUUCUCUUUCAACCAACAUCUAUCUUCUUGUUUUUCUCCUUUCAUUAACUAUACACCAUCUCAAAAACUGUGUACCUUUUUCAUCUCAUCUUCUUCUUCAUCUCUUCUUGGCUUUUGGGGUUUCUUCUUCUUUCAUGGAAAUCAAGACAAAAAAUGGAAAAACAAAGAAGUUUUUCAUUCAAGUCGAGAAGUAAAUUUCUAGUCUUUUUCUUCAUUGUAUCUUCUUCAGUUCUCUUCUUUUCAUUUCUAUCUGUAUGGGUUUUUCAAGUUGCCCCUUUAAACCAUCAGUUAAAAUUUCAAUCUUUUUCAAGUUUGAGUCAUACCCUUGUCAUCAAACCUCGUAAUUCUACAGAUAAUGUUAUUAGAAAUGGGAGUUUGAGCAAACCCCAGUACAACAAAUCAGAUCAUUCUUCUUCUAUACAAGUUCAAGUUUUAGUAAAAGGUGUUGAUGAUGAGAAGAAGAAGAUUAAAGAGAAAAUAAAGGUCAAGGAAUCUGAGAUAGUUCUAGGUAACAAGAAUGCUGCUAAUUUUACAAGUCCUGAUAUUAUUAGUAAAGUUACUAAAAAAGUUGAUAUUUUAAUGGUAAAUGAGAAUAAUACCAAUAUUGAAGUGGAGAAAAGAGUUAAUAGUAAAUGUGAUAUAUUAAAUGGGACAUGGGUGUUUGAUGAAAGCUAUCCUUUGUAUAAGAGUGAUUCAUGUCCCUUCAUUGAUGAAGGUUUUAGUUGUGAAGCUAAUGGAAGAUUGAACACAAAUUAUAUGAAGUGGAGAUGGCAACCUCAUGACUGUAACAUCCCAAGGUUUGAUGCAGUGAAAAUGCUGGAAUUGAUUAGAGGGAAAAGACUAGUGUUUGUAGGAGAUUCAAUUAACAGGAAUCAGUGGGAGUCAAUGCUGUGUUUAUUAAAAUCAGCUAUUACUGAUCCAAAACGUGUUUUCGAGACUCAUGGAAGGAGGAUUACUAAAGAGAAAGGCAAUUACAGUUUCAAAUUUCUGGAUUAUAAAUGUACAGUUGAAUAUUAUGUUAGUCAUUUCUUAGUUCAUGAGGGUAAAGGGAGAGUUGGUUCAAAACGGGUUCAGACUCUGAAAAUCGAUACCCUUGAUAGGGGAUCAUCUAGAUGGAAGGGUGCGGAUAUAUUGGUUUUCAAUAGUGCGCAUUGGUGGUCCCAUGCCAAAACUAAAUCAGGGGUGAACUACUACCAGGAACGGAACCAAGUUUAUCCACAUCUUGAUGUUCCUACAGCUUUCAAAAGAGCCUUAACUACCUGGGCGUCAUGGGUUGAUAAAUAUGUUAUACCGGGUAAAACACAGGUGUUUUUUCGAAGUUCAGCACCAACUCAUUUCAGGGGUGGUGCAUGGAAUGCUGGCGGACAUUGUAAAGAGGUAAAUCAACCCCUUAAUUAUUCUUCAAAUAUAUUCGACCCUGAAAAAAGUUUAAUAACCGAAGAGGUCAUAAAACAAAUGAAAACCCCUGUAACUAUCUUGAAUGUUACUAGUUUGUCAGAAUUUAGGAUAGAUGGUCAUCCAUCUAUAUACGGUAAAAAACCCGGGAAAGCCUCUCGCUCACAUGUUGAGGAUUGUAGUCAUUGGUGCCUUCCCGGAGUUCCAGAUACUUGGAAUGAAUUGUUGUAUUAUUAUUUGCAAUCUAAUAAAAAAGUCAGUUCCGCUGUGUAAA